AAACACUGAACAGAAGCUGAAAUAAAACCAGAAGCUCUCAUCUAAACAAAUCACACUGAAAAACUGAUAAAAAAAAAAAAAUUCUCAACCAUGGAGCCAAAUCCUAGCAGUAGUAUGCAUUCUUAUUGCCUGGAAAUAUCACCCAUGGAGGUGCACAAAGUAGUCCCACCACCCCAUAGAAGCACUCUACAGAAGCUCAAGACCAGACUUAAAGAAACCUUCUUCCCUGAUGACCCUUUGCGCCAAUUCAAAGGACAGCCAUUGAACAAGCAAUGGAUUCUUGCUGCUCAGUAUUUCUUCCCUAUUCUUCAAUGGGGUCCUAAUUACAACCUCAAGCUCUUCAAAUCUGAUAUUGUUUCUGGUCUCACCAUUGCCAGCUUAGCCAUUCCACAGGGUAUCAGCUACGCCAAGCUUGCUAGUCUUCCUCCUAUAGUGGGUCUCUAUUCAAGCUUUGUUCCUCCUUUAGUGUAUGCUGUUCUCGGAAGCUCAAGAGAUCUCGCUGUAGGACCUGUUUCAAUUGCUUCUCUUAUACUUGGAUCAAUGAUUAGGCAAGAAGUAUCUCCAACACACGACCCUCUCUUGUUUCUUCAGCUAGCUUUUUCUUCUACCUUUUUUGCUGGUCUCUUUCAAGCUUCUUUAGGAUUGCUAAGGCUGGGAUUCAUUAUUGAUUUUCUUUCAGAGGCAACUCUGAUUGGAUUCAUGGCUGGAGCUGCAAUUAUUGUCUCUCUGCAACAGCUUAAAAGCCUUCUUGGUAUCACUCAUUUUACAACACAAAUGGGUUUAGUUCCUGUUUUGAGCUCUGUCUUCCACAACACCCACGAGUGGUCAUGGCAAACAAUACUUAUGGGAUUUUGCUUCCUUGUGAUCCUUCUGGUGGCCAGACACAUUAGCAUGAGAAAACCAAAGCUGUUCUGGGUUUCAGCUGGAGCCCCUCUUUUGUCUGUGAUUCUGUCUACCAUUCUGGUUUUUGCAUUCAAGGCUCAACAUCAUGGGAUCAGCGUCAUUGGAAAAUUACAAGAAGGAUUAAAUCCUCCAUCAUGGAAUAUGCUGCAUUUUCAUGGAAGCUACCUUGGAUUAGUCAUGAAAACUGGUCUUGUUACUGGCAUUAUCUCCCUCACUGAAGGCAUAGCGGUGGGAAGAACAUUUGCUGCUUUAAAAAACUACCAAGUGGAUGGUAACAAGGAAAUGAUAGCAAUUGGGCUAAUGAACAUAAUUGGCUCCUCCACUUCCUGCUAUGUUACAACAGGUGCAUUUUCGCGGUCUGCUGUCAAUCACAAUGCAGGAGCUAAAACAGCAGUGUCUAAUAUCAUAAUGUCAGUAACAGUGAUGGUGACUCUCCUCUUCCUGAUGCCUCUAUUCCAAUAUACACCAAACGUUGUGUUGGGUGCCAUCAUAGUAACAGCAGUAGUUGGCCUCAUAGACAUCCCUACUGCUUACCAGAUCUGGAGGAUUGACAAAUAUGAUUUCAUCGUGUUGUUGUGCGCAUUCUUUGGUGUUAUUUUCAUAUCUGUCCAGGAAGGCCUCGCCAUUGCAGUAGGUAUAUCUAUAUUCAAGAUCCUGCUGCAAGUUACAAGGCCAAAGACAGUGAUCUUGGGAAGCAUACCAGGAACAGAUAUAUAUCGUAAUCUUCAUCAUUACAAGGAAGCUGUCAUGGUCCCUGGGUUCCUCAUUUUAAGCAUUGAAGCCCCUAUAAAUUUUGCUAAUAAAACUUACCUCAAAGAAAGGAUUAUGAGAUGGGUAGAAGAAUAUGAAACACAAAAAGACGAAAAGCAACAAUCAAGCAUCCAUUUUCUAAUUCUAGACCUGUCAGCUGUGAGUGGCAUUGACACAACUGGAGUCUCACUCUUCAAGGAUUUGAAGAAAGCAACAGAGAAUAGGGGAGUAGAGCUUGUACUAGUGAAUCCUGUGGGGGAGGUGAUGGAGAAGCUGCAGAGGGCCGACGCUGCAAAUGAUAUCCUGAAACCUGAUACCCUUUUCCUGACAGUUGGUGAAGCUGUGGCUGCACUCUCGUCUACAAUGAAAGGUCAAUCAUCUAGCCAUGGAUAAAUCAGAUUCAUCAUCUGAAAAAAGAAGAGACAAUAGAAAUCAAAUGUAUCAGCAUUUUCUGUCAAUCAUUUUCCACUUUCUCAGGCAUCUCCUUACUUAUUUGUGCAUGUGCCUUGCAAAAAGAUAUCAAUACUACUUGUUACAAUAACCAUAUACAGCCAUCUCGCUGAAUCCUGACCAUGUCCGAUGUAUGAUUUAAAUUUUACUUGUCACUUAACAGAGUUACGUUAGGCGAGCCGAGGUGUUAAUUUGAUAGUACAGUAUUAUUUAA